CGCGCCGACUCCGAGUCCGAGCUGUCUGCUGCCAGGGGCGGACAUGUUGGGGCGGCCUGCUGGAGGACAGUACCAGAUAUAUUUCUGAUAUUUUUACCGGAGAAAGCGACUGCAAAGCAGAGACGGGACACCAUGGAUGCCGUCAACGCUUUUAAUCAUGAGCUGUUCUCCUUGAUGGACACCAAGCCUCCCAUCUCAAGGGCCAAGAUGAUCUCUAUCACCAAAUCUGCCAUAAAAGCCAUUAAAUUAUACAAGCAUGUUGUUCAAAUUGUCGAAAAAUUCAUAAAGAAGUGCAAACCUGAGUACAAAGUUCCAGGGCUCUACGUGGUGGAUUCCAUCGUGAGACAGUCACGGCAUCAAUUUGGUGCAGAAAAAGAUGUGUUUGGACCCAGGUUCACCAAAAACAUUGCUGGGACAUUUGAGAAUCUAUGCUUGUGUCCCACAGAGGAUCGGAGUAAGAUAGUGAGAGUGCUGAACCUAUGGCAGAAGAAUGGAGUGUUUAAAAUUGACGUGAUCCAGCCUCUCUUGGACAUGGCUGCUGGAUCCAGCAGCUCCACAGGCUUUGACAGCGGCCCUGAUGCAGCAUCCCCACAGUCUCCAGUGAGGGAUCAGGAGGCUCAUCCUGUGCCGACGGCAAACCCGGUUGCAGCAGCUGCCCCUCAGCUUCAGACCUCGGAUGCUUUUGCGGCUGUCGCUCAACUAAUUCAGUCUUCUCAAGGACAGCAGCUCCAGCAGAUUCUGCAGAACUUUCAGCCGCCGGGGAAACCUCAGUCUCCAGCUGUGGACAAUAACAGGAGUCACCUCCACCUACAGGCCCAGGCUGUGACGGCCACCUCGUCCACCCUCACACAUCAACACACCCAUCCCGCACCACAGCCUGUGGAAAAGAAAGCCACUUUUGAUACGACACUUCUGGACCGCUUUGACUAUGAUGAUGAGCCAGAAGGUGGUGAGGAAGCCAAGAAGGAUGAAACGCCGUCUGUUCAAUCUACUAUGGGAUUUCCUGAGCAGACCGUCCCAGGAUUUCCUCCAGCCAAUCAGAUGCAGCACUUUCAACAACAUAUGAUGGCUGUAUCUCAGCGACAACAGGUCGUUCUACCUUCAAAUGGACCGGUCCAAGGCUUUGGUCUUAUGACUUCUCAGCCCUACCCAGGCAUGAUGCCCUUGAUGGGUCAGCCGCACACAGCUUUCCCUUCUCAGAACGACACCUUCAAUCAGCUCAUGGCUGGACAUCAGCAUCAGGAAAUGAUGAAUUCAGAUGCAUCCGCCAGGCCUUUGCCCGAUGGGAAAACAUCAAGGUCGCGCUCAGGGUCAAGGUCUCCUAAAAGAAGGAGGUCUAGAUCCAAUUCCCGCACCAGACGAAUGCGGCAUCGGCGAUCUCGCUCCCGUUCUCGAGAACGGCGGCGUCAAUCACCUCGCUCACGGUCACAGGAAAGGAGAGACAGAGAAAAGGAAAGGGAACGAAGACAGAAAGGCCUUCCUCCUAUAAAGAAUAACACUCUCAGUGUGUGCAGUACAACUCUAUGGGUGGGUCAGCUGGAUAAGAGGACGCAGCAGCAGGACGUGGCCUGUUUACUAGAGGAGUUUGGGCAGAUAGAUUCAAUUAAUAUGAUUCCUCCUCGUGGUUGUGCCUACAUUGUCAUGAUCCACCGUCAGGAUGCCUAUCGAGCCCUGCAGAAACUAAGCAGAGGUCCAUACAAAGUCAACCAGAAAGCCAUUAAGAUUGCCUGGGCUCUGAAUAAGGGCAUUAAGGCUGAGUUCAAGCAGUAUUGGGAUGUGGAAUUGGGUGUAACCUAUGUACCAUGGUCCAAGGCAAAGAUGGAGGACCUUGAUGUGUUCAGAGAAGGAGGGAUGCUUGAUCCUGAUACUCUUGCACCAGAGUGGAGGGGCUCUCAGAUUGAGCUAGAGAAAGCUGAAGAGUCACAGAAUGGCAGACCUGAGAUGGGAAAAGUAGAGGACACCCCAACUGUAGUACCUAUGCAGAUUCCGCCUGUCCAGCCAAUGGGAGCUGUUGGUGUCCCACCUCCAGGAUUCUCAGGACCCAUGAACAUUCCUCCCCCCUCAUUCCCACCUGGGGUUCCCCCACCCCCGGGUCCCUUCAUUCGGCCAGGCUUUAACCCCAUGCAGAUGCCACCAGUAUUUCUCCCCCCGGGUGCCAUGCCUCCUCUGGGUGCCACGGGGCCUCCUCCACCGACAGCAGGGAUCGGCAUGCCUCCAGUUGGCAACUCAGUUGAAGACCUUUCGAACGAUCCAUCAGGUAUGGGCCCAAGAAUCAACAGUGAUGGAGCAGAUGGGUACAACUCAGGAAACCAAGUGCCUCCUGGAGGUCCACCAGGGAUGGGCAUGCAGUCUCCACCGGGUCUUCUAGGUUCAAGGCCGGGUAUGAUGCCUCUCCAGCGGCCCCCGGGGAUGCCGCCCCCACACAUGCAGCGCUUCCCUAUUCCACCUCCUCGCCCUGGUAUGCCACCCAUCCCCCCACAGAUGAUGCCACCCAGGGGUCCACCUCAGAUGAUGCACCGCGAGCCACCCCCUGGGGCAUUUGGCAUGCCGCCCCCUCCUCAUGGUAUGAGGGGGCCAUUCCCCCCUCCCGGACCUCCCUUUAUGAGGCCGAGCGGACCCAGACCAGACGGGCCGAAUGAGCACGAGGCGAGGCCGUUCAGAGGCGAGCGGUCCGGGUUAGGAAGGGGCAGAGAUCGAGAACCGGACUGGUACGGAGGGCGGCGCCCUUUUGGCGAGGGUCGUGGAGGGGAGAGGCCAGACAGCCGUGAAAGAUUUGGAGGCUGGCACGAGGAGCCGGAAAAACAAAGCGGGUGGGACAGAGAAAGGGAACGCAGGGACUGGAGGAGGAGUCCGGACGGGGAGAGGGACCGUGAUAAAGGACGGGAUGAUAAAGGACGGGAUGGCGAAGAACGGACCAGGCGGUCCGCAGGGAGCAGAGAGAGAAGCACACGAUGGGACCGAGACGAUAGACUCGAUCGACUGGGUCUCACCAACGAGGAACCCAAUGAGAGACUUGCAGCGAAUACCAACGAGCCCAGCGCAAACUCUACUAAAGAACCUGAAGCAAAGCCAGAUGUUCCAACACCUUCCACUGCAGCCAUAGCAGACUCGAAAGCCUCAGAACCUAUUGCAGAAAACAAAUCGGCUGAACAAACGCAUAAAGAAGAGUCAUAGAGGCCUCUUUUUAAACAAGACCAUAUGAGCUUCUUCCAAGUCAGUGCUAAUCGUGAAUGCUGCUGGCAAGAAAGCAAAGUCCAACUGUUGUGGGAUGCAUAUGCAUAGGAUGCUUGGUUCAUCAUCGCAAACCAAGUUUUUCAGACUUUGUUAAGCGUCAUUUGGCAAACGUGGAGCGUUGCCUUGUGAAUUUAUUGUACCACCUCAAUGAAGCUUGAAUGUUGUAUUAAAACUGAAGAUAAGGAAAAGAAUCGAUUAAUGGUUUUGCUGUAAAUAUGCUAACAUUACUCAAAUGGUAUUUGUAGAUUUUGACUGGCAGUUUUUUUUGUGUUUGUGUGUGUUUUUUUAUUUUAUUUACAAUGAUAUCCCUGUUGUGUUUCAAUGGAAACAUUGACUAAAAGAAGAUAUUAAGACCCUUUUGCUGUAAUGUUUUUAACUUAAUGUUUGCAAAAAAAACACACAAGAUGUUUUUAUAAUUUUUAAGUUUUGGAGAUAAGAACUCCAAAUAUUUCAGCGAUAGGGAGGUGGUUUUAAUAAAAUAUUUUCAUACCAAAUGAA